AGCUAUUUUAUUUCCUGUCAACAACUCCCUCUUGGCAAACACCACCCAGUGGCCACAUACCUUCUGACACCUCAAAGAAUCUAAUAAAAGGAAGACGGCUUGUUCAGCCCAUUCAGAAAAACGGAGUACGAGCCACACGGCUGAUCUUUGCAGAACCAAAGCUGAGGAGGCAAAAUGAGCAAAACAGCUGGGGGUCCUCUGAAGGCUGUUGGCGUUGAUUACCUGAGAGAACAGAACACGUUUCUCCACCAUACCAAUGACUAUGCAAACAGAAGCCUGAUUGUGAGACGUGGGCAAGAGUUUAAGCUGAAGCUGGCUUUUAGCAGGGAGCUGAAUGAGGAUGACAAAGUCCACUUGCAGCUCAGCUUUGGUGAAAAACCAAUGGAAUCCAAAAAAACAUGUUUAUCUUUGAAUGCAAGGUCAGGAGAAAAUGAUCAAAAUUGGCAUGCUAAGAUCUGUCAAACAAAUGGAAAAGAGUGUGUGAUAGCUGUAAGCAGUCCAGCAGAUGCAAUUAUUGGAAAAUACCUUCUUAAGGUAGCAAUGGGAUCCAGCAUUUAUUGUCCUGAGAACAAUUCCAUCUAUGUUUUGUUCAAUCCUUGGUGUAAAGCGGAUUCUGUUUUCAUGGCGGACAAUGAUGAAAGAACUGAGUAUGUGCUAAAUGAUACUGGUUAUAUCUAUGUUGGAUCAACAAAAAACAUACGAGGCAGGCCUUGGAAUUUUGGACAGUUUGAGGAAGACGUUUUGGAUUGCUGCAUGUACCUGCUAGACAAGAGCCAGCUGAAGCUGAAUGCUAGAAAAGAUCCUGUGAUCAUCUCUAGGGUCAUGUCUGCUUUGGUUAAUUCUGAUGAUGAUCGUGGAGUGCUUUUUGCAAGCUGGUCUGGACACUAUCAAGGUGGCACCUCUCCUCUGGCCUGGACGGGAAGUGUCCCAAUUUUGCAGCAAUAUUACAAAACAAAGAAAAGUGUCUUUUAUGGUCAAUGCUGGGUUUUCUCUGGAGUGCUUACCACAGUGAUGCGCAGUCUCGGCAUUCCUGCCAGAAGUGUGACCAAUUUUGCUUCAGCUCAUGAUACAGAAGAGAAUCUUAAAGUUGAUGUUUACUUGAAUGAAAAGGGACAACGAGUGGACUCGCUGACAACAGACUCUGUUUGGAACUUCCAUGUGUGGAAUGAUGUCUGGAUGAAAAGGCCAGAUUUGCCAAAGGGAUUUGAUGGCUGGCAGGCAAUUGAUGCCACACCACAGGAAAGGAGCCAAGGGAUUUACCAGUGCGGCCCUACUCCAAUAAGUGCCAUCAAAAAGGGAGAAGUUUAUCUCCCUUAUGACUCCAAGUUCGUUUUUGCUGAAGUGAAUGCAGACAAGGUCUUUUGGCUUGUGAAGUAUGAGAAUGGGACUGAAAAAUACAUCAAACUACGUGAAGAAACCAAGGUGAUAGGAAAGAGCAUCAGCACCAAAGCAGUUGGAAAGGACACCCGUGAAGAUAUCACCAAUCAAUACAAAUUUCCAGAAGAUACUCCGGAGGAAAGGAAAGCUGUGGAAACUGCUUGCUACUACCUGCAGUCUUGCUGUCUGGGAACUUCAGAAGAUAAAUCUGAGUCCCCCAAGGCUGACUUGAAACUUGGGAUAGAAGGAGAAAAGGCAUUGUGGCCAGGGCAGCCCAUUGACUUUAACAUUGUUGUAAAGAAUGAUUCUAUGGGCUUGUGGACAGUCAAUGUUGCUGCCUCUUGUCAGCUGGAAACUUAUACCGGGAAAGUAGAGGCCAAUCUUGAAAGCAUUAAGCAGACCAUCAACACAGAAGGGAAGCCAGUUAUUGAGAUCCCUGUGAAGAUAGCAGCUGAUGCUUACAUCAAAUCGCUGAUGGCUGUAGAGGAUGAACUUUUGAUCAAAAUUAAUAUUAUUGCUGAGAUUCAAGAAACCAAUGAGAAGCUCACAGAAGAAGUAACUUUAAACUUCCAGUAUCCACCUCUCAGAGUGGAGAUGCCAGAAACUGGGAAGAUUGAUCAAGAUUUUAUCUGUGCCUUUAUUUUUAAGAAUACAUUGUCCAUUCCCUUGGAGAAUUGCAAACUCUAUGUAGAAGGCCUGGGUUUCUUUGUGAUGGAAAUAUUUGACCAAGGGGACCUAGCACCAGGAGGAAUAUUUAAAUGCAAAAUAGUUUGUGCACCAAAAAAGGCUGGUCUGAAGAAGAUUGUGGCCAAGCUGAACUCUACUCAACUAAAAGGGAUAACUGUAGAAAAACUCAUUUCCAUUACUGAAUAGGGUCAUUUCCAAAUAUCAACAGGUGGUGUCAGUAGAGGUGUACGCUGUGAAUGAGCUUUAUUGACACUUGACAUGCUGGCAGCCCUGCUGAGAGAGGCAGAGGCCAAAUUGUCAAGCUAAAACAGUUUAAGUGGCUGAAGUGUUUUGAUUCCUGCUAAUGAAACUUUGAUCAUUCUGAUCUUCUCUUGCUUAUGUAGAGAUUUGACUGCUUGUGGUGACUAAGAAUGUGAUUCAUAAAAUCUGGAAUAGCAUAAUGUGAUGGUACUGGAAAAGAGCUCUGUUUCCCUUUUUGCAACCCCUCUUUGGUUUUGUGUAAUGUCAAUAUAUUUGCCCCUUUGCCAGCUGCUAAUUUUGACUUGAUUUGCAAUGUUUAUCAUUUGUAUGCCUAGCUAGAAUAUAGUAAAUAUAUACAGUAUAUUAUAAAGAUGCAUAUAACCUUU